AUGAAGCCCUGCACUUCACUAUUUGUCAUCUUACACUCCCUGGGCCUGGCCGCUGCUGCGUCGAUCGCCAGCCCUGAUGCCAUUGUGCAGAAUCUCGAGGUCCGUCAUUGCUACCCCGCUGGAGAGAAGUACGGCAUCGAAAGGGGCGAGGCCUUCGCGGCGGCCCGGAAAGCUUGCAACGGUCCCCUCCAGGGCCUCUAUAAAAGGUGUGAAGUCCGCAGCCGAUGUUAUAACAUCGGCCCUUACAAGCAUGUAAAGUUCACAAUGCUCCUCGAAGACUCGAAUAAAAACGGUGCUCUCUCACUUAGUAAAGACGAGUGCUUCAAGUUGCUCUCAAGGAAGAUCUCCAACUGCGAGCGAGGGGGUAUGCCGAUCCUAAUGGGAAUCAAUGCCCGGGUUGGAAUGGGCCACGCUAAGGGCAUCCCUUGA